GGAGGCCAUCAAGGCCCGGGUGAGGGAGAUGGAGGAGGAGGCGGAGAAACUCAAAGAGCUGCAGAAUGAGGUGGAGAAACAGAUGAAUAUGAGCCCUCCACCGGGAAAUGCUGGCCCGGUGAUCAUGUCUCUGGAGGAGAAAAUGGAGGCCGACGCUCGCUCCAUCUAUGUGGGAAAUGUGGAUUACGGCGCCACGGCCGAGGAGUUGGAGGCGCAUUUCCACGGCUGCGGCUCCGUCAACCGCGUCACCAUCCUGUGUGACAAAUACAGCGGCCACCCCAAAGGGUUCGCCUACAUCGAAUUCUCAGAUAAGGAAUCGGUGCGGACGUCGAUGGCGUUGGACGAGUCGCUCUUCAGAGGGAGACAGAUCAAGGUGAUCCCCAAGAGGACGAACCGGCCCGGGAUCAGCAGCACCGACCGCGGGUUCCCCCGGGGCCGAUUCCGGGGGCGGGGCCAGGGCGGCUUUGGCUCCGCCCGCUCGCGCUUCUACAGCGGCUACGCCCGGCCCCGGGGGCGGGGAUACAGGGGCCGAUCCCGCGCCACCUCCUGGUAUUCCCCGUACUAAAAACCACCAAAAAUCCUCAAAAAACCCC